AUGUGUUGCUCAUGUGGUGAAAGGAAAGAUGUUGCCACGUACAAGUACACAACAAGCCGGGUUGCGGUGGGGAACCGGACAGGGCCCGGGGGGGGCCAAGGGAACGGAGCGGACGGGGACGCAAGAGGCGGGACGGGAGAAGCGACGGCCGGGAAGCCGGCGGCGCGCGGGACGCGGGGCCGGGGGCACGCGGGGGCGCGCGGGAAGGGGGGCGGAACCGCGGGGCCGCCGGGCGGGAAGGGGAGGGGACGAGGGGGAGGGACGAAGCGGAGCGACAAAGGGCGGAAGCGCAGGGGAGCGGGGCAGCAAGGCCACGCGGCCACGGACAAGACCCCGGCGCGGAGGGAAGGCGGCGGCAAAGGAGGCAGCCCGCCGCCCGGGGGAAGGGGACGGCAAGGCGGCCCGCGCGGCGCGGCCGCCGCGAGGGCGGGGCCAACGGCACGGGCCGGGGGGGCCGGAGGGCCCCGACGGAGGGGCGGCAAACGGGCGGCGGACACAGGCGGCGCGGCGGGCCCGGAGGCGGACGGAGAGGCGGGCAGGCAGAAGCCAGCGCACGGGAGCGGCGCGCCACGGGCGGGGCAACCAAGCGCGAGGACCAAGGGGGCGAAGCAACGGGGCCGCGCGGACGAGGGGAAGGACCAGCGCGACGCGGGCAGCAGGAGGGGAAAACGAACCGGGCGCACGACGGGCGAAACCCAGCGCACGGGCCCGAGGGGGGGGAACAAGCCAACACGGGGGGAAGGCGGCGGCACAAGGAGAGGAAGAGCCGACAGCGAAGGAGCAAAAAGCAACGGCGCGAGGAACGCGGGGCGGCCACAAGCCAGGGAGCCCGGGGGGAACGGGGCGGACACCGCGAGCGGCAAAGGCCGAAGGGCGAAAGGAGCGAGAGGCCACGCGGGCACGGGGCGGAGGCGGACGGGAAAGCAGAAGCAAACGAGCGGGGACCCGGGGGGCCACACGAGAGGGCGGGGCGCGGGGAGCGCAGCGGAGGACACCGGCGGGAGCGGGGAACAGAGGGGCCGCCCCAGCCAAACGCCCCACCGGACAAGGGCGGCCGCCCGGAGCGGCCGCCGGGGCGGCCGGGGGGCCAAAAAGAGGGGCGAAGCCCCGCCGCCGAGGCACGGAAGAAGGAAAAGAACGGGAAAAGGAGGGGAGGGCACCGGCGCCGGGGCCGGCGCCCACGGAGCCGACACCGCGCAAGGCAGGGCACAAAGGCGGACGAGAGGCAAGCGCAACAGGGGCGGCGGGCCCCGCGGAGGCCGCCAAGCCCGGGCCCGGGGCGGGGGGGCGCGGGAGAGGAGACAGGGACAGGGGGAAGCGCGGGAAGCCAGGCAGGCGCGGCACGAAGGAGAGGACGAGGCAGGGGGCGACCGGAAGAGAGGCAGAGGGACGCCCGCCGGGGACCCGCGCGGGGGGAAGGGCGGCACGGGGACAGGCAGAGCACGGGGCAGAAAGCACAGGGCGGGAGCAGCCGCAGGGACCAGCGCAAGGCGGGGGGGAAGGAAACAGGCGGAGGCCCCGGGGCCGGACCAGGGCGGAGGCGACGGGGCGACGCCCGGGGAAGGCCCCCGGAGGGGCCGGGCCCAGGCCGGCCCCCGGCCGGCACGCGGCGACCCGCGCGCGCCGCGGGAGCAGCGCGAGCAGGCCGCCGACAGCCGACGGGGGCGGGACGGGGACCCCCGGGCCCAGCCCGCAGAGCCAAGCCGGGGCCCGAGGGGACGGAGCCAGGGGGCCGACGGCCCGGGCCGACAGGGGGCCAGGGGCCAGAGGCGGGGCACCGGGGAGACCGGAGGCGGGGAGGAGGACGACCGGGCGGGGGAGCCGCGCCGGCCGACCGAGGGAAAGGGGGAGAAGAGGGCGAGGGCGGGGCGCCCCCGAGGCCGCGAAGCAGGGGCGGGACCCGAGAGAACGCGGCCCGAGCGCCAGCGAGCCGGAGGGAAACGGCGGAGGGAACCAGCGACGAGACGGGGCGAGGAGGCGGGCGCCCCGAGACCCAAGGCAGACGAACGAGGGGCACGGCAGGAGCGCGGCGGGCCGCCACCAGAGGGGCCGCGGGCGGCGCCCCGCGCAGGCAGAGGGCACCAGCGGGCGGGGCCCGACAGGCAGGCGCGCACGCGAACCCGGCGCAGAAGAGCGAGGGCGGGCGGCGGGGCAACCCGCGAGGGGAGCCCGCCAGGCAGCGGCCGGGCGCCGGACGGGGGACGCGCCCGGGGACGCGCACACAGGGCAGACGCCGGGGGCCGGGGGCAAGACGGGCCGAAGGGGGAGCCCGCGGGCCGACGCCCGGAGCGCGCGGGGGCCGAGACACGCCGGGACGGCGCGCGCGGGGGGCCACAAGCGCGGCGACGGCGGCGCCGCGAGCGGGGCGAAGGCCCGGGCGGGGGCCGCCGCGGCGAGCCGCGGCGGGCCGCGCCCCGAGCCGAGCGGCGGACCGGCGAGGCGCCGGGCCACAGCCGACCGGGGCGCAGCGCCGGCCCCCAGCCGCGGCCCGCCCGACAAGGGCAAGCACGCGGGGACGCGCGGGGCAAAGGCCGGGGCAGCGGGCCCGCGCGGGACGGGGGCGCGAGCGGGCGCGCGCCCGGAGGGAGCCGGGGACGGAAGGGACCGCCCGAGGGGGCGGCAGGCCCAAACAACCCGACGCGCAGACAGCGCCGCGGGGGGCGACAGGGGCCGGGCACGACGGGGCGCGCACCCGCGCCGGCGCCCCCGGCCAGGGGACGGGGGCCCGGGCCGCCGCGGAGGACGCGGCGCCAGACGACAAGGCGGACGCCGAGGGCGCCCGAGGCGCAAGCGGGGCGCGGCCCGGGGCGCGCGCCGGGACGAGGGGAAGCCGGGGAAGGGGCGGGGCCGCCGCGGAGGGAGAGGCGGAAACGCAGCGGGGGGCCCGCCGGACCGGGGGCGCGGGCGGAGCGGGCCGGGGGAACGCGCGGGGGGCGCGGGGGCCCGGGCGGCAGACGGGCGCCCACGGCCGGGGCCGAGGGGCGGCCAACCACCGAGAGCCGGGGCGAGCGCCGCCGAGGACGCGGCGGGGGGCCAGCCGCGGGCGCGCGGCACACGGGAGGCCAACGGCCGCCCCCGCGCCCCCCGCCACGGGGCGAAGGGGGGGAGGCGACGGGGGCGGGACACCCAGGCAGACGGGCCCGCGGCCGGAGGGCGGCGGGCGCAACGGGCGGGCAAAAACGCGAGGGGGCGCGGGAGGCGGCAAGGCACACCAAGGAGCGCAGGGGGCGGCGGGCGGCAGCGAGGCGAGAGCCGAGAGAGCCGGGGCCGAGAGGCGGGGGGGGCGCGAAAGAGGACGGCGCGGCCCGAACGGGAGCGCCCGCGCGGCGGGGCAGGGCCGGGGCGCGGCGCGCGCCGGGGGGGGGGGCGGCCGCGGCGAGCACGCGGGGCGAGGGCAGGCCGCCGCACCGGCAGGCCGCCCCGACCGGGGAGGCCGCGGGGGGCCGAAGCCCCCCGGGGCCCCGGAGGGGGGGAACACGGGCGCGGGGCGGGCGGCAGAGCAGGGGGCGACAAGGAGCCGGCCGCAGGGGCACCGACGGAAACCGGGGGACGACGGCGCCGGCCGCGAAAGGAGAAGGGGCAGGGGACGGCGCGCGACGGCGCCGGCGGCGAACCGCCCACGGCGCCGCGAGCCGAACACGGCACCGGACCAGGCAAGCGGGAGGAGCGACGGGCGGGGGGACAAAGGGCAGGGACGGAGGCAACGCGAGCGGAGGACGCGCGCGGACGAGGAAGGCCGCGGGGAAGACCAACAAGGGCAAGGAGCGAGCCCCAGCACGAGGAAAGGGCAAAGAGGACCCGGGCCGGGCGGCCAAGGCGAGAGACGCGGGGAAGACAGCAGGGGAGCGCGCGGGCGGCCCAGAACAGCGAAGGGCAGCACAGACCGGGGAGGGCCGCAAACGGCCGGGGCCGAAAAGGCCAGAGGCCCGCGAAGAAGCGGGCCGCGGAGGGGCACCGCCGCAGAGCGAGGGAGCAGGCGGAGGGCGCGGGCGGGAACGGAAGGAACCAGACAAAGCGCGCCACCAACGAAGAACGGCCAGGCACCACCACCCAGAGAAGCAAGAAAGAGCGCGCAGGCGGGCAAGCCGGACGAGGGCGGGACCGGGGAAGGGGCCCCGGGGGAGGCAAAGGAAGCCGCAGGCGCCACGCCGGGGGGGCCCGGCCGGCAAGGCCGGGAAGGGGCAGCCGGGCGACCAGACGCCCCCCGGAACCCAAAGACGGGGAGGGCGCAGAAGGGGCCGGCGGAGGCCGAAAAGCAACAGCCGCCGAGCCCGGGGCGGCAGCGGGGAGGGGGAGACGAGGACGGGAGCGGAGCGGCGGCGAGCCCCCAACGGGCGGGCGGGAGGAAGGAAAACAGCCGGGGCAAAGGCGGGCGCAGGGGGGCGGCGGGCAGAAAGCCAAGAAGGGCACCGCGGACGAGGAAAGACGAAGGCCCCCGACGGGCCCGGGGAAGCAGGACGCCGAGCCCGAAGGCCAACAGAAGAGGACCGAAAGCCGAGGAGGGGAGCCCAGGCGAAGGGAGACAGAGCGGAGGCGGGCGGGGAGCACGCGAAGGGCGGCAAAGGAACAGCGCCGGAGGCACGACCCGGCCAGGGAAGGCCAGGAGCGCAGCGCCGGCAGAAGGGACGAGCCGACAGGGGCACACCGCGAGGCGGACCGGGCGACCCAACCCAAGGGCCAACGACGAGCGGGGGAACGGCAACAACGGAAAGAGACGCGAGGGGAGCGGGAAGGACCGCGGCGGCGGGCACCAGACGGGCCCGCCAAGGGAGCCGCGGGAAGGGAGGGAGAGGGGACGCAGGCCAAGGACCAGACGCGAAGAGCCCGGGAGGGGAGGGAGGGGCACGACCGCCCCGGGGCAGGAGGGGGAAGGGGCGCGCCGGCGGCCGGCCGGGGAGGGGGAGCCGGGGCGCAGGCGCCCGCGCCGGAAGCGAACCCGAAGGCGCCGGCACCCGGCACCACCAGGGGAGGCCGCGAGCCGACCAGCGAAAGGGGAGAGGGCAGAAAGGGGAAGGAGGCGGCGCCGGCACGAGGGCCGGGCGAGCCGGCGAGGGAGCAGGAAGCAGCAGAGCAACGGGCAGAGCCCGCGGCGACCGGGGAGCGAAGAAAGGCAGCCCGGCCAGAAGGCGGGGGGGGGCACGGAGGAGCGCGAGAAGGACGACGGGGAGCCGAGGAGCAGAGACCAGCAAACAAACGAGAACGGAGGGAAGGAGCCAGGCGCAGGGGCACAGGCGGAAGGAGGGCAGACGGACACAGGCAGGGCGGAAGCGGGGAGACAAGCAGAGGACGACGGGCAGGAGCAACCAGGGAGCAGGCCGGCGCGACGGCGGCGCCCGCACGGAGGCCCCAGCAGGCCGGGGGGCGAGACGGGCGCGCCGGGCGGGCGGGGACCGAGGGGAGAAGGGGGCGGAGGGAAGGAGAAGACGCCAGCCGCCCGCAGCACAGGCCGCAGCCGAGAGCACAGCGACAGGCCAGGGGCCACGGCAGCCAAGAAAGGCAGGCGGGGAACACGGAGGCAGCGACGGGGGCCGCGGCGCGCGCCGAAGGGGGCGCAGAGCGAAAAAAGGGACAGCAAAACGGGCGAAGGCCGCGGCGGGGGGAGGCAACACAGGAACCCAGGCGGGGCACCGAGGCGCGAGCCGCGCGCGGGCCGCGACGGAAAGGGAGCGAGAGCCAACAGGGCGAGGCGCCAGCAAAGAGCCGGCCAGCAGAAACGAGCGCGGAACCGCGCAGGCGCCACCACGGACACGGAGCAGCAACCCCACGCGACGAACGGCCCCCCGACGAGCGAAAGCACGACGGGAGGCCGAAACGCCAAAGGGAGCAAGGGCCCGCACCGCGGGGCGCGAGGAGGAAGCGGAGAGGGAGGGACAAGGCAAAGAAGGAAAGGCAAAACAGGGAGGAAGGGAACGGGCGAGGCGGACGACAAAGCAAGCACGGCAGCCAAACGGAAGCACCCGACGGACCACCACCGGGCCGCGGCGGCGCGCACGACGGAGGCAGCACGGCACGAGGGGCCAGGCCGGCCCCAAGCACGCGCGGGGCCGCAACAAAACAGGGGAAACCGAGAGCAGCCCCGCAACCGGAGCAACGCAAACAGCAGGGAGGGAACGAGGGGGGCACCGGGAGAGGCCAAGCACCGCAACCAAAGAAACGCGCCGGACAAGACGGCAACAGAGGCCGCGACAGCGCAGGCGGCGGGGCGGAGAAACAGGGGGCAGGAAACGCCACGCCCGCACCGAAGCAAGCGCACGGGGGACAAAGGAGAAGCACCAGGCGCAGCCCCAAAGCCGAAGCAAAAGCAACCACCACAGGGGGACACAGCGGCACGAGCAACAGGGCGCCACCGCAACCAAAGGAAAGGGCCAGGCGGCCGCAGCAGGGGCCGCAACGCCACGCGCACAGAGGAGGGAGCACGGCAGGAGAGCACCACGCCCGCCCCCAAGCACGCGCAACGCCGGGACAAAAGCAGGAGCACCAAGCGCAGCCCCCCAGCCGAGGGAGGGCAAAACCACAACAGCCCCGACGGCCAGCCACGACCCCGAGGAACGGAACACCCCACCAAGCAGCAGGCCGACACCACCAAGGACACAAACGAAGACAGGGGGCAGCGCACGGCCGCCGGGGGCAGAGGGCGGCAGCCACACCGGGAACCGGCGGCCAGGGGACACCCCCCGGCAAAGCCGGCGACCCCAAGAGCGGCAGCCCGGGCGCCAGACCCAAACGCCGCAAAAGGCGAGGCCACCAGGAACGCACACCAGGCCCAGGGCAGCGCAGGGCCGCCAGCACGGGGACCCAAGCACGGCACGAGAAGGCCACACCGAAGCCGGGCACAAGCAGCCAAGGGAGACGCCAAGCAGGGGGAGCGGCCCCAAGAGCACGGAGGGCGGCGGCGGAGGGAGGGACGGACCGCCGAGGGGGAGGGAAAGAGGAGCACAACAAAAGCCCGAAGCCCAGGGCAGCACCGGGAAACGCGCACAGCGGCACGAGCACAACACACAAAGGCCAGGCCCACACCGGGCACCAGCGGCCAGGGAACACGCCCAAGCAGGGGGAGAAACCACCGGAGCAGGGCCGGGAACGGGCACCAAGGGCCCGGGAAGGGGCCCCACCGGGCCCGGGAGGGGCCCCACCGGGGCCACCACGCCCGAGAAGGGGGGCGAGGGGAAGCGAGAGGGAGAGGGGGAGAGGGGGCGAACAAGCGGAGGCGCAGAAAAGCACCAAAGGGGGGGGAACCGGAGAAAAAGAGGAGAAAGGGAGGGGAGGGGGAGGGGGGAGGGGCGGAAACGGGGCACGGAGACAGGACAAGGCAGGGGGGACAGGACAAGACAGGAGGGGACAGGACAAGGGGGAAGGGACACACCCCCGAAAAAAGGCAAGGGGAGGGAGGGGACCGGAGAGGGGCAGAGAGAGGGAGAAGAAGAGAAGCGAAGGGGACAAAAAGGGGGAAAGGGGGAGCCAGGCGAGGGAGGGGGGGAGGGGAAGGGGGAAAAAGGCAGAAAAGCAGAAAAAAAACAGAACGCGGCAGAAAAGCACCAAAGGGGGGGGCACCGGAGAAAAAGAGAACAAAGGGAAGGGAGGGGCAGGGGGGAGGGGGAAAACGGGGCAAAGAGAAGGGGCGGGGGCACAAGGCGGGCCAAGGGGGGCAGGCAGGGGGCGAGAGGAAAAGGAAAGGGAGGAGGGAGGGCGCGGGAGCGCACAACAGAGGGGGCGGGGGCGGGGGGCAAGGGGAGAGAAAAGAGAGAAAAACGCAGAGAGGGGGCAAGAAGGGGGCAGAGGCGCAAGGAGGAAAGAGAAGCACGCCAGAGAGGGGCAGGGCCGAGGCGAGGAGGGCAAGGGGGCGGCCAAGCAGGGGAGCCAACCAGGGCAAAAGGGGGGCAAGAGGGGGCGCGGGGGGGAAAGAGAGGGGCAGGGAGAAGGAGGCAAGCGGGAGCGGGGGCAGGACAGAAAACAAGGGCACGCGGGGCGCGGGGAAGGGGACAAGGAAGGGACCGCGGGAACCGCGGGGGGCCGGGGGGGGGCCAACGGGAGAGACGGGGGACCAAGGCGAACCGCAGGGGGCAAAACAGGGGCAAAGAGCAGCAACCCCAACGGGGCACCACGGGCGCAGGGGGAGCAAGGGGCACAGCAGGAGGGAGCCACGGGCCAAGGGGCGGCGACGGGGCGGGGGAGCAAGGCGCGACGGGCCCGGGGGCGCCGGCCGGAGCACAGGGCCCAGGGCAGCAGCAAGGCGCCACGGGCCCGGAGGCGCCGGCCGGAGCACAGGGGCCCGGGCAGCAGCAAGGCGCCACGGGCCCGGAGGCGCCGGCCGGAGCACAGGGCCCCGGGCAGCAGCAAGCUUCUGGGCAAUUCUGGGCUGUUCUGGCUGUCUCUGGCCAAUUCUGGGCGCUACUGGCCCGUUCUGGGCGCUACUGGCCCGUUCUGGUGCCUUCUGGAAUUUUCGUAGGCCAACCAGACUCCCCUGGAAUUUUCGUUGGCCAACCAGAAGUCUCUGGCAGCUUCCCGCGCGCCCCAGUUGCCUCUGGAAGCUUCGGGCGCCUUCCAGCCCGUUCCAACAAUUGGCCCUCGCCUGGCACAGAUCCGUAG